AAUGGAAGUGUUAGAAAGUGCAGUGACACGCUGAGUUUCCGGUGGGAGGGAGCGCGUGCCAGAGCGCGCGAUAUAAAAGCCUCGCGCUGACUAGCGCGCAAAAAAGCUUCAGAGAGAGGUGUGGAGCGCGCGCCGUGUCGCUGUACGAGCACCUCGACUUCACUGUCUCGCUCACACGCGCUCACACACACGCACUCACACACACACACACACACACACGCGCGCGCACAGAGGUAACUCCUCCAUACCGAGACCUUCACUCUCCAGUGCGCACAUAAAUAUGAGCGCGCUUCACCAUCCGUCCGGAUUAACGCCCGUGUAAGCGUUCCUCUGCCGCACGCGCCCUCCACGCCGCCAACUGUUCACCCGUCUUUCCCGCGUGGUUAUGGGGUCCAUCAUGGCGUCUGCGUCUUAACCGGUGUGUAACGCGGAUACCGGGUGGAUCUAUGUUCCUCGGAGACGAAGAAAGGCCGAAGGGAAAUUAGCGGAAGUUUGAGAUCGGGAAGGAGGAUGAGGGCUGCGUGCUGGUGCGCCGUCUUUCUCCUCACACCGGCGCUGUGGCUGGUUUCAAGUGUUCAUGGUUCCAUCCCGGGGAAGUCAGAGCUACUUAAGUCAGGGAGCCCCAAAUCGACAUUAAAGCACAUAUGGACAGAAAGCACCAAGGACUUGUCCAUCAGUCGUCUGCUGUCACAGACUCUGAAUGGGAAGGAGAACGCCACGGCCCUGGAUCUUCGCUAUGACACGCCGGAGCCCUAUUCAGAAUGGGACUUAUGGGACUGGCUGAGGAAUGCCACCGAUCUCCAGGACUCGAGGCCCAGGGCCAAACGGCGGCCCAUGGUCAAGACAGGAAAAUUCAAGAAGAUGUUCGGCUGGGGAGACUUCCACUCUAACAUCAAGACAGUCAAGCUCAACCUUCUCAUCACUGGCAAGAUUGUCGACCACGGCAAUGGUACCUUCAGUGUUUAUUUCCGCCACAACUCAACAGGCCAGGGCAAUGUAUCCGUCAGCCUAGUGCCGCCGACCAAGAUAGUGGAGUUUGAUGUGACAGCGCAGCAAUCAGUCAUUGACGCCAAGGACUCCAAGUCCUUCAACUGCCGCAUCGAGUAUGAGAAAGUUGAGAAGGGCUCCAAGCACACGCUGUGCAACUACGACCCAUCCAAGACGUGCUUCCAGGAGCAGACGCAGAGCCAUGUCUCCUGGCUCUGCUCAAAGCCCUUCAAAGUCAUCUGCAUCUACAUCUCCUUCUACAGCACCGACUACAAGCUGGUGCAGAAAGUCUGCCCGGACUAUAAUUACCACAGCGACACUCCCUACUUCCCCUCGGGCUGAUGGAUGCCACUGAUGCGAAGGACACAGGCAAAGAUGGGACUCUCUCUCCCCAACCACAACAAAUAUGUGUUUCUUGUACCUUCCAAACAUGUGACCCAGAACUAAUUCAAUAUUUCAGAUGGAUUCCAUUUUUUUUUUUUUGCACACAUACUUUAAAAAUGUAAUUCUGAUGGUUUAAAGUGUCAGUCUGGUUCUUAAUUUAGAAUAGCUUAUUUGUAAUUGUUAUUGUUUUUGUUGGUUUUAUUAAUGAAAUGUUGAAUAGAUUACUAUGUCUGAUUGCAAUUUUAGGGGUAGAAAUUUCUGCCAGUUGAUAUUUGCCAGGUGUAUCUUAUUUAUUUAUUUAUUUAUUUAUUUAUUUAUGUAUUUAUUUAUUUAAACUAUCAAAGGAAAAUAAUAUUUUCAUCCCACAUGUCGUUUUUAUUUCUAUAUCUUUCAGUACAAAUGUUAAUUUCUUGAAUAUCUUGAAUGUAACAAGAGUAUUUUAUUUAAUUUGUUUUUCUUAAAUCAUUUAACAAUGUGUGGACGUUAAGACAGUAUAUUUUACCAACAGUUCACCAGAACAGAUGUGCAGAAGAGAAAUUUGAAGUGAAUUCUUCAUACAGAAACAAAGAGAAAUUUCCCUCAUCCAUCAGUCUGCGUAAGGUACACGAGAAUCCCUGAGCUCUGGUGAAUGCGGUCUUGAGAUCUACUGUAAGAAUGACCCCAAGAUCUGUUGGUAUGUUUAUGGACAAAAUAAUGGCUUUUGUUGGAGAUGCCUUGACUCGGGGCAUGUUUUCUAUGUUAAAAUAAAAGAAGCAGAAAUGUGAGAGCCUGAUUAACAACAGUUGUUCCUCAGCCUUUGUCCUAUUACUGUAAUAAUCCUGGAUGAUACAGCCCACACUGUCUCCUGUAGUGUCAAUAUGAUCCAGCCGUGGUUGGACAGCUCGCUCAUUGCCAUUAUAAUACACAGUAAUGUAUUGAAUUCUAUAUCUUAGAGCUUAAUUUGUAUGAAUGGUUUGUAUUGUACAUAGUCAAUCCCGAUGGAGCCGCUUCUGUAUAUGCUCUCAUCUAAUAUCUGGAGAUCCUCCUCCCUUCAUCCUUUCCCUCAUUUCUCUCUAUGCCACGUCCCAUAUCUGUUCCUGGUUUCUUGGGCAAAGAAAAUGAUGUUGCUGAUGUAGAUGUAAAUUUCAUGCUCUUGUACAGCGGCUGUAAAAGCUGUCUAAAAUAUAUAUAAGUACUUACCAUCUGUAUGAUCAUGGUUACUUUCAGGGCAAACUGGGGGCGGAGAUGUGUAUAUACGAAUAAAAUACUGAAAGUUUUAUCAGUUGAUUUUUUUUGGAGUCCUUUUAAGUUUCAUAGGAUCUUAAUGGCAAAGUAAAAUAAAGAGAUGGUUUAGAAAUGUAUCUGUGUAAGAGUCAAUUCACAGAAUGUUGUAUUGAAUGUGUUUAAUUAGCUGUGCAGAAGAGAACACUACCUUUUUCUCAGCAACUGAACAGGAUUGCAAAAGUUAGAGACUGAGAGCAGGGGUCUAAUAGUGUCUGCUCAGAGAGCUCAGAUGUCCUCAGACUUGGCGCUUAAUAUCAACAGUCCCCUUUAAAGUGAUUAGAGCAUCCGGUGGGAGGCAUGAACAGUGCCUAGCUGGCUCACGACUUAUCAGUAAUUAAAAAGGAUGCCAGGUUUUGCCGUUCAGAGGGGGCCUUGCAGGAUUUCUCAUUUCAGUUGCUCACUUUUUAAUUAGCCAUAGGAAUGUAGAGUUACGUAUAAUUACGCAAGUUGAUAAUAUACACUAUGUACAGAGAGUAAACAUUACUUCCACUUCUCAUGCCAUAUAUAUCACGUUAAUUAUACAAUAGUUAACUCAAGGCCAUAAGGCUCAUUGAUUGCUAUCAGUAUUCACCUAUUGUCCUAUCCUGCCUGGUACAGUAUAUGCAAAUCAGUUUAGCAGGCUUAGGCUGUUAAGCUUUUUCAUGAACCAUGAUCGCUUAGGAAUAAUCUCAUCAGUACCAUCAAACCUCAUUAUACACAGCCAUGAAUAUAAAUCAUUUCUGAGAGUUUCACAGAAAAAGAAUAAAAAUAAUAAUAAAAAAAGAAAUGAUGAUGCAUUUAAUACAUUUGCUUGGUCCAUCAACAGCCCCCCUCCCGUGAAUGCGUCGGAGAAAACCGCAUUUCUCCCCUCUGCUGGGUCAGAACAUUUCGCUCUCUGAAACAUACCCUGCAGCAGAAUCAUAAUUAAGUGACAGACUGAGCAAGUCGAAUAUUUAUUCAAUUUACUUCGCUGCCUGACACUUCCCUUGCCCAAGCCUGUUUCUUCUUUAUUUAUGAAGCUGGCUAGCAUAUGCAUUUAAUUCAAAUAUUACUCAAUAAAUAUUACCUGCUAAACACUACUAUAAUGAAUGUCCUUAAUAAUACUAGAUCAAAUUUAGCAGUAGCUUUGCCCUUGUUAGCUCAGCAUGUCUAUCUUGGGAUGGACAGAGAAAGAGAGAGAGAGAGAGCUCAAAAAUGUGCGGCUUACUCAGC